AUGUCGACCGACGGCACCAAGUCCGACACCCUCCUCAUCACAGGCUUGCCCAGGACCGUCGACGAGCAGCAGAUUCGGCUGGUCUUCGGAGGGAUGGGCCUAUUGCAUGUCCGACUUGACCGGGACUCGGAGACCCAGAAGCCCACUGGGUAUGCAUUCAUACGGUUCGCAUCACCUGGUUUGGCUGCAGAGGCCCUCGAGAAGCGAGGAGGGUCCUCUAACAACGAGGGCUGGCAAGUGACCAUGAGCGCUCGCCCUGACACUGUUGGGGUCAUCACUGAGGGUGCCUGUAUCGACAAGUCCUAUCAAGUUUACAUCGGCAACCUCUUCCCUACGAUAGACUCUGACAAACUAACUGAAGUAUUCAAGGGCAAGUACGAGGGUGUCCGAGCAGGCAGGGUCAUUCGGACACCUCCAGACGACCAAGGCCACACUGAAUCCUUGGGCUACGGCUUUGUGGCCUUCGACUCAUCAGCGCACAGCUACUCCUGUCUAGAAGAGGUGGAGGCCGUUAUGAAGAAGUCGGCGAAGGAUCGGAAACCCGCGGACCUCGGGUAG